AUGGCAAAAAACGUCUCCUUUUGCAACCCGGAAGGGGCCAAAAUGACCCCAAACCAUUCCCUUCUGUAAGCUGAAAAAUUCCGCUUUGACAAGCGCGCCCUUUCCUUCAAGGCGGGCUCUUGAAAGCGCGGGUUUUUUAGCUUAGAGAAGGGAAGGGUUUGGAGACAUUUUGGUCCCUUCCGGGAUGCAAAAUGAGACGUUUUUUGCCAUUGGAUCCGGUCCCUCACUGUACAGAUGGCUUGAGAUUAUUGUCAAUUCUUUUUUGAGUGUUCUUCAAUUUAUUCUUUUUAUUUGCAGAGAUCUCCAAGCCCCAUGCAACGGAUACCUUUAAAAAAGAAAAAAGUAGUAAAAAAAUAAAAAAAUUGAAAAAAAUAAAAAAAAAAAUAAAAAAAAGAAAAAAAAAAAUAAAAAAAAAGAAAAAAAUAAAAAAGAAAAAAAAUGAAAAAAAUAUAAAAAAAUAAUUUUGUUUAAAGUGACUCUUAUUUUUCUCUUGUAAAAUGUGAUUCGCCUAUUAGUUUACGACCCCUUUGUAAUAAUGUAAGUUGUCAUUUAAUUCUUGAAUUUAACCUGGAUUGUUCUUAAAUUAUAUGAUCUAUAUUUUCAGAAACUCAGUUCUCAAACCAGUGGAUCUUUGGAGCACAUUUCCCGACUGCUACUUUCAAUGCCUCAACUUCGGCCCAGGACGGCACCAUAUGGCCGAGACUCAAACCAACGACACAAACAUCAUGGAAUGUGAGUUUUGAUGGCUUUUUUUGGUAGUUGAGGAAAUAUUAGGGAAUUCUUCUUGAGAUUGUUGUCAAUUGUUCUUUUGGCGGUUCUUCAAUUGAUAAUUUUAUUUUCAGAUGUUGCUCCAAGAUUUCACUGCCGUACCUCUAA